GUCUUAAAUUUCAUUUAUAACGUGCCGAAAAUGUCUUUAAAAGGUCUUAAAUUCAAUUUAAUAAACCCUGCAAGAACCCUGAUUAUCAUUAUCGCUAUUCUAUCAAACAGAUUUACAAUAAAAGGUAAAAGAUUUCCAGCCUAUCAUCACGUGGUAUGGAGUGUAGACACUGCAGCCCCGCCAUCAUCCUUGGCGUGAGCGUUUAUACUGCUGAGAUGUAGUGUGCAUUUUACUACACUUUAAAGCUCGUUGACGUCCACGACACACUGCAAUGAUUUUUAUGUCCUAUCAGUCUGGAGCUCAAGAUUGGACAAGUGGCCAUUUUUUUAAACCACUCGGUUCAGGAUCAGGGGGGGAGUUUUAUUUCUGCAAAAACUGUUUCCUGUGAGGUGAAGGAAGACAAAUUCAAACAUUUAAAUGCUUCUAUUUGUUCCCCUCUCUCUCCCUUUGAAGUGUAGUUUAUUUGAGGACCAGUUUCACAGUUUCUGUCCCUGCAGCAAACCGAGCACAGCGCGUACUGUAUUCUGAGCGUGUGUGAGCGCUGCUGCUGCUGCUGCUGCUGUAUGUAAAUGUGGGGAAAUUCAAGCAUAGUAACGUGGCAGAAAACCACAUGAGGGACGAGGAGAGAGAGAGAAAGAGCGAGAGAGAGAGAGAGAGAGAGAGAGAGAGAGAGGUGGGUGAACGACAGGUGGAGUCAUGGUUUCCAUGGGAACCACUCCCGUAUAAGUCGCAAAGGCAUAUCGCAUUGCAAAGGUCAGUUUUUUUUUUUUUUUUUUAUUUAAAGAGGAAGAAUUGGACUGUAAUGAAGACAGAAAGGGACGCAGGGUGGAGGGACAGCAUGGCGAGUGGACGGAUCCUGAAGUGACAGGGCAUUUUCGCUGCUGCAGGGAGGAAGCAACAGACUCCAGGAUUCCUGGUCAUCUUCCUCACAGAGGGAGAAGCCAGAGGAGGGAGGGAGGGAGGGAGCGGAGGGUCCAGGGACCCAACUAACCAGCAGCCAGCAGGAGCCGACGGCCGAUGUGUGAAGGAGUUAACCGGCUGGUGUUGUAAUGAAUUAAAUAAUGAUAUAAAGAAAAAAAGAGUUUCCGCCGCAUGUGCAAUUGUAGAGCGAGACGAGGGGGGGAAAAGAGAGAGGGACUGAGUGAGGAAAGAGGGAGGUUGUGGAGAGAAGCGGAGGGAGGGAGAGGGAGAGAGAGAGAGACGGACAAACUGGGGGUGUGUGAAAAAUGCGCUGAGGAUUUUCUGCACCUGAUGGACAGACAGUCUGGGGUGACUGGAGAGUUGGACAGGCACAAGUGCUCUGCAGCAACAACCCAACUACUGGAGCUUUAAGAGCCGCAGUCCACGCCAUUCCCAGUCCACCCAGUCCGGGCUCGCCGACCAGGCCGCCAAGCUUUCCUUUGCCUCCGCUGAAUCCCUGGAGACCAUGUCAGAAGCGGACAUGCCCCUCGGGUUCAACCGGAUGAACCGAUUCCGCCAGAGCCUGCCGCUGUCUCGUUCCGCCAGCCAGAAUAAGCUGCGAUCUCCAGAUGAAUUUUCAGGCGUGCUCUUCCUGCAGUAUGGAGAUGAGACACGGCGGGUUCACAUCACCCACGAGCUUAGCAGCAUGGACACGCUGCACGCUCUCAUCGUGCACAUGUUCCCUCAGAAGUUGACAGCGGGGAUGCUGAAGUCGCCCAACACUGCGAUCCUCAUCAAAGACGAGGCCCGAAACGUCUUCUACGAGCUGGAGGACGUGCGGGACAUCCAGGACCGUAGCGUCAUCAAGAUUUACCGCAAAGAGCCCAUCUACGCUUCUUACCCUGCUGCUGCCCACCUGGCUAACGGAGACCUGCGGAGAGACAUGGUUUAUUCAUCUCGGGAAUCUUCCCCAACACGCCGCCUCAACACCCUUCCGUCCUCUUCGGCCUCGGCACCCUCCGGCUCUCCGUCCCGCUCUCGCCUCUCGUACAGCGGGGGUCGCGCUCCCUCCUUCUCCGGCAACCACCCCCAGCACGAACAGCCCAGACAUCCCCACCACCCUCCGGGUGGCCACGGUGCCAACAUGGGUCUGUCUCCGUCGCCCAGUGCCAUCUUGGAGCGCCGCGAUGUCAAGCCCGAUGAAGAGGUUUCUGCCAAAAAGCUGGCCCUCAUGAAAAACGAGGCGCUGUACGCCGACCCCUACAGUUUGAUGAACGAGGGUCGCCUGAGCAUUGCCUCCACACAGUCUUUGGCUGCCAUCGGAGACCCUUUCAGCUACCCGGUCACCACCGGCCUGUACCGACGAGGGUCCGUUCGCUCUCUCAGCACCUACUCUGCCGCUGCUCUUCAGGGAGACCUGGAGGACUCGUUCUACAAGCCCGGAGGCUCGCUGUACUCUGACACGUACUCCUCUGCCACGCUGGGAAUGGGCUUUCGAAUGCCGCCCUCGUCCCCGCAAAAGAUCCCCGACAUGCAGCUGAGGGACAGGGACUCCUAUUCUACUUCGCCGCGGCCCUCGCCCGUCAGGCAGACGUUCCGGAAAGACUCCGCGUCCUCGUCCGUGUUCGUGGAGAGCCCGAAGUCGAGGCCCAGCUCCAACUCGGAGCCUGGAUUCGGUCCCUCUUUAUCUGGACAAGAUGCAGACACAAGCAGGGACCACCGCCUGGAGCGUAUGGAGGCCAUGGAGAAGCAAAUAGCCAGCCUGACUGGCCUCGUGCAGAGUGUACUGACCCGGGCACCAGACAGCGACAGCACAUGUGGCCUACUGCGUCUCUGCAUGAUGGCGGGCUGCCCUCCGGACCAAGGGACGGAGUUUUCACGCCCAUUACCUUUCUCUUCCAGCGAGAAGACCGAAACUAACAGUGACGGCUCCGCCACUGGAACUGGACGCCAGAAGAAGAAAGCAGCCAACACACCGUCGGCACCUUUAGCUCUGAUGCCACCACCACCCUCGAACACGACCCCGGUGAACGGUGUUGGUCGGCUGCAGAUGAAACUCCACCUGCAUGGUCUGCAGCAAAACGCCACCGACCUCCGCAAACAGCUCGGUCAGCUUCGCAAGAUACAGAUGGAGAACCAGGAUUCAGUGCGAAGUCUGUUGAAACGGACCGAGGCUGAGCUGAAUGUGCGUGUGGCAGACGCCCUGAGGAAGCAGGAGGAUCCUUUGCAGAGACAGCGCCUCCUUGUGGAGGAAGAAAGGCUCAAGUACCUCAACGAAGAAGAACUCAUCAUCCAGCAGCUCCACGACCUGGAGAAAUCAGUGGAGGAGAUCCAGAAGGAGUCGUCUGUCAACCACAAGCUGGUGACGGUGCAGGAGCUGGAGGAGAAGGCUGCAGUUCUGAGAAAGCUGGGAGAGACGCUCACAGAGCUGAAAAAUCAAUUCCCCAGCCUGCAGAGCAAGAUGCGGGUGGUGCUGAGGGUGGAGGUGGAAGCUGUGAAAUUCCUUAAAGAAGAGCCGCACAGACUGGACGCCCUGUUAAAACGCUGCAAGACUAUAACCGACACCCUCGCCACGAUGCGCAAGCAAGCAAAUGAAGGGGUUUGGAAAAAGCAGGACAACUUCUCUAGCCCAUCAUCGAAGCACAACGACGACUUGCAAAAAUUUCCAGGCUUCGACAUCCCCACCAGCCCACCGAUAACUAUCAACGACAUCGGAGGAGGCAACAGCCUGUCGAACUGGAGCCCGCACUCCAGCCUCAGCCGUGGUCUUGGAAACCCGUCCGGUCAUCACAAAGACAAUCAUCCUCCCAUUCCCCACAAAGGCAAAGCCCUGGAGGAGCUGGAGAGGCGUGCUGCCGCUGACAAAGCUUUGUCGAUGGAAGUCCGGCUGGCGGCAGAGCGAGACUGGGAAGAAAAGCGUGCCAGUCUCACGCAGUACAGUGCUCAGGACAUCAACCGUCUGCUUGAGGAGACCCAAGCCGAGUUGAUGAAGGCUAUCCCAGACCUGGACUUUGCUGCCAAGCAGAUCAAGCCCUCCUCCAACACGCCAUCGACCCAGAACCCUCAGAGUGGGGCGUCAACCACAGAGCACCGCUCUAGCAAGCCACAAAACAAGCUUUCUGCAAAAGAGGGGGGGUCCAGGCGGGGCUCUGAUGAGCUUACAGUACCACGGUAUCGCACAGAAAAACCCUCCAAGUCUCCUCCUCCUCCCCCACCUAGACGUAGUUUCCCCUCCUCACCAGGAGUGACUUCUCGCAGUGGAGAGCCAUUAAUUCCUGGAAAAAGCAUAAAGAAAUCAGAAUCUGAAGAGAAUGACGGCCUAAAGCCCCACAUAAAACUGAGGAGGACCAUGUCCGAAAACCCUCGCCCGGCGUCCACACCCCCAACGCUGGCCUCCGGAGAGAAGGAGCAAGGAGAGGAGGAGAAAAUUGCUGCCGAACUCGAGGGAAGGAACUUAUCUCCGGUCCCCCACAUCGUGUUGACAGAGUGUCCUCCAGACUCGCUCACUGCUGCAGAAAAUCCAGUCAGAGAUUUAGCAAAUUACCCUGUACAAGAUAAUCAAAAACACAAAUUUUCUGAUCAACAUAUGGUCCACAAGAAUGGAUUUUCAAGUGAAACGCCUUCAGCAGGAAGCGAACGUGUUCUUGAGCACGACCAAGAAAUCUCCCUGCUCCUGACAGACCUGGAAGUGAGACGGGUGUCUCCUGACGAAGCUCUGGAGCUGAGGAGCAUAGUCCUUAAAACUCUAAUUAUCUCAGCGCAGGUUAAAGAAGUCUCUGAAGCUGAACUGGACGAACGGCCUGUCCUCUUGCUUUUCGGGAAGGGAAAUACUCUCAAAGAAACGUACAGACUGCUGUAUUCCCUUCUGGAGUCGUCCAAUCCGGUUCCCAAACCGAGAUUCAAAUCCUCCCACCAGCCCGCCCCGCGGCUCUCCCUAAUGGAGGCUCUGAGACGAGGGAUGGAGACAGGGGAAGGGGCGCUAACGUUUCAGCAUGCCGAUGAAGUUAGGAUACAGCGGAGCGAUUGUGGUUCCAGCUCAUCAAGUCAGAGGAGGAUGACACAGGCGGCCCGACUCAGCGCCUACCAGAGGCUGGACAGUUUGGAAGAGACUAUCCGAGAGCUGGAGAACACCAUCAUAGAGAUCAGUGGCCACCCUGUGACAGAGGAGCUCUACACUGAGACGGCCGCCAUAAACAUCCCGGCACAGCGGACUGGGAUGUCGGAGACCAAGAGGCCGCCAGUCCCACCCAAACCAGCAUCAAUUCAGAUGACUACUAGAACUUCACUUUCAAGCCUCUGAUGUCUGCUCCCUGAGCGAUUCAUCAUCUCGUUUUAUUGAAGAUCAAAAAUCCGAGCAGAGGACAGACAACAGACUCCCUGUCCUCUUCUUUAUUCUGCGCUCCAUGCUGGAGCUGCUCUCCUGCUGAGCCCGGUGUCAGGGAUUAUUUCCCUUCCAAUCUAUGCUCACACUUGCUCAUUUCUCCUCCUGUCAAACGUGCGGCUAGGUAAUUCCUAAACUUUUUUUUUUUUUUCGUUUUAUUACUAUGCUUUUAUUUUGUAGUCUUUGCUCAUCGGUUUUGCCUUGAAAUCAUCUUCCUUUUCCUCCAGCAAAGCACUUAACAAUACCAAUCGUUUGAAUUUUUAACCAACCUUUGGGGCAUAUUUUACAUUUUACUGAAUUCUGCAUUAAAGGAUAUUGCUGCUGCUUGUGCAAUAAGAUUUCUUUGUACUGUUUUGUCUUCGGAAGGAAAGGGAAUAUAUUUGGGUUUGCCUCUUUUUUUUAUGUUAAAUAUAUGGAAGAUAAAACAGUUUUGCUGCGUUAUUGUGCCGAGGAACCUAAAGUCUGUUAUUCCAAAGCCAAAUAUCGCUCCUGACCGUGCAAUGAUCUCCUUAUCCUCAGAUAUAAUGAGAAGCCGCUUUUCAUCUCACCCCCAGCUGACCGCAGAGCAACAAACGCUCGGCAAUUAGCACAAGGUUUAAAGCACGCCUUCAUCAGCUGUCUUCUCGGCGAGAUGCCUUGACAGUUUGCGUAGUAUUGACUCUUGGCUGGAAAUGCAUCCUCCCACUGCACUAGUUGACAGUCGCUGUCAUAGCGAGUUUCGGCCCUCUGAUGUGGAGCCAUGGAGCGAUCCUGUGGGAAUGGCUGAGGAUUACAGAGUCUUCACACAUUAUUUCAUCACUCCUGCUUCAAUCACAAUCAUUUCAACGGAACCCUUCUCCCUACGCUGGUCUCUGGUCUUGCUCAAUAGCGAAUCACA